AUGCUUUCUAACAAUAUUCGUGCAAUUUCAAACAGAAAUCUCUUUUCAAUUUCCCAAAGAGUAUUAUCUUCAAACACAAAAUUCGCCUCCACUGUUGUCAAAGUCCCCGAUAUGGCUGAAUCCAUCACUGAAGGUUCUUUGAAAGAAUACACCAAGCAAAUCGGCGAUUAUGUAUCCCAAGAUGAAACCAUUGCAACAAUCGAAACCGACAAAAUUGAUGUCGAAGUCAAUGCCCCUGUCGCUGGUUAUAUCAAAGAAUUCAAAUUCGAACCCGAAGACACUGUUAACGUUGGUGACGACUUGUUAGUCUUGGAAGAAGGUGAGCCUCCAAAGGACGCUCCAAAGGAAUCUGCUCCAAAGGAAUCUGCUCCAAAGGAACAAGCCCCAAAAGAAGAAGCCAAACCAGCAGAAACACCAGCUCCUGCUCAAUCCGAACCAGCUCCCUCAGCUGCUCCAGCUCCAGAAAAGGCCCCUGCUACUGCUCCAUCCCAACCCAAAAAAGAACCAGCUCCAGCUGCUCCAAUCCAAGAAAACGCACCCAAGGCUGCCUUCUCCAGAUCUGAAAACAGAGUGAAAAUGAACAGAAUGAGAUUGAGAAUCGCUGAACGUCUUAAAGAAGCCCAAAACACAGCCGCUUCUUUAACAACCUUCAAUGAAGUCGACAUGUCUGCUGUCUUGAACUUGAGAAAAAACUACAAAGACGAAAUUAUCAAGAAAACUGGCAUAAAAUUUGGCUUCAUGGGUCUAUUUGCAAAGGCCUCCACCUUAGCAAUGAAGGACAUUCCUGCUGUCAACGGUUCCAUUGAAGGCAACGAAAUGAUCUUCAGAGACUACGUGGACAUCUCAAUAGCUGUCGCUACUCCCAAGGGCCUAGUCACCCCAGUCAUCAGAAACACUGAAUCGCUCUCUGUCUUGGAGGUCGAGCACGAAAUCGUAAACUUGGGCAAAAAGGCCAGAGAUGGUAAACUCACCUUGGAAGACAUGGCUGGUGGCACCUUCACCAUCAGCAAUGGAGGCAUCUUCGGCUCCCUCUAUGGUACUCCCAUCAUCAACAUCCCUCAGACUGCUGUUCUCGGUUUGCAUGGUGUCAAGGAAAGACCUGUCACAAUAAAUGGCCAAAUCGUCUCCAGACCAAUGAUGUACUUGGCUUUGACCUACGACCACAGAAUGCUCGACGGAAGAGAAGCUGUUACCUUUUUGAAGACUGUCAAGGAAUUGAUCGAAGAUCCAGCCAAGAUGUUGCUCAUGUAG